GCCGGGGACCGCUUCCUCCACCCUGCCGGCCUAGCUCCCGCCGCCUGCCAGCCCCCCCGGACCAUGGGGCUCCCCAAGGGGCCGGACGACCAGAGCGUCCCGGAGGUGGAGACACGAGAAGAUGAAGAACAAAAUGUCAAGUUGACUGAAAUUCUGGAACUCUUGGUUGCAGCUGGGUAUUUCCGAGCAAGAAUUAAAGGCUUGUCACCUUUUGAUAAGGUAGUAGGAGGAAUGACUUGGUGCAUCACCACGUGCAACUUCGAUGUGGAUGUUGAUUUACUCUUUCAAGAAAACUCUACAAUAGGUCAGAAAAUAGCUCUCUCAGAAAAAAUCGUGUCAGUCCUGCCAAGGAUGAAAUGCCCACACCAGCUGGAGCCCCACCAGAUCCAGGGCAUGGACUUUAUCCACAUAUUUCCUGUUGUUCAGUGGCUGGUGAAGCGAGCCAUAGAGACAAAAGAAGAGAUGGGAGACUACAUCCGCUCCUACUCCAUAUCCCAGUUCCAGAAAACCUACAGUCUCCCAGAGGAUGAUGACUUCAUGAAGAGAAAAGCCAAGGCCAUCAAGACCGUUGUUGACAUCGCAGAUGUGUACAAGCCCCGGCGGAAAUACAGACGGCAACGGGGAGCAGAGGAGUUGCUUGACGAAGAAUCCCGAAUCCACGCGACGCUUUUGGAAUAUGGCAGGGCAACUGAUUGCUGGAUGAAAUAUGGAUUUAGCCGCCAGAGCAAAACAGAGAAGUGUGAGGACAAGAAAGCACCACUGCCUUCAGGACUCUCAGUGGCAGAAAAGGCUGAAGCCCAGGAGGAAGAUGAGCUCCAGGCUGCUGAAGAGCAGCGCAUUCAGUCGCUGAUGACCAAGAUGACUGCCAUGGCCACGGAGGAGACCCGGCUCUCUGCAAGCUCCGUGGGCCAGAUCGUGGGCCUGUGCUCCGCUGAGAUCAAGCAGAUGGUGUCUGAGUACGCCGAGAAGCAAUCUGAGCUAUCAGCUGAAGAUAGCCCAGAAAAAUUGGGAGGCUCCCAGCUACAACGUCGGAAAAUUAUUUCCUUGAACAAACAGAUUCUACAGAAGACCAAACAUCUGGAAGAGCUGCAGGCAAAUCAUGCCAAUUUACAAGCCAAGUACUGUGAGCGAAAGAAGACACUGGCAGAGUUACAGAGCCACAGCGAGAAACUGGACAAAGAACAGGCAGCCCUCGAGAAGAUAGAAGCCCAAGCUGAUCCCAGUAUCCUGCAGAACUUGAGAGCACUUGUAGCCAUGAAUGAAAAUCUCAAGAGUCAGGAGCAGGAGUUCAAAGCACAUUGUCGGGAGGAGCUGACACGCCUGCAGCAGGACAUUGAAACCCUGAAAGCUGAGCGCGCCCCAGGCGGAGAAGGAAAGACCCCCACCAGCGAAGAGCCGCCCGGUGACCUGAGCUCUGUGAUGACUCAUAACGAUGACCUGGACAGACGGUAUACUAUGGAGAAAGAGAAGCUGUACAAAAUCCGUUUACUACAGGCUCGAAGAAAUCGAGAAAUAGCAAUUUUGCACCGCAAGACUGAGGAAGUGCCUAGCCGAGCAGAGCUACUACAGUACCAGAAGAGAUUCAUCGAACUCUAUGGCCAAAUUUCUGCAGUCCAUAAAGAAACCAAGCAGUUCUUCACUUUAUAUAACACCUUGGAUGAUAAAAAAGUGUAUUUGGAAAAAGAGAUUAGCCUGCUAAACUCAAUUCAUGAAAACUUCUCACAAGCCAUGGCCUCUUCUGCUGCCCGGGACCAGUUUUUGCGCCAGAUGGAACAAAUCGUAGAAGGGAUUAAGCAGAGUAAAAUGAAGAUGGAAAAAAAGAAACAAGAAAACAAAAUGAGAAGAGACCAGUUGAACGACCAGUACCUGGAACUGUUAGAAAAACAGAGGCUGUAUUUUAAGACUGUGAAAGAGUUCAAGGAGGAGGGUCGCAGGAACGAGCUGCUGCUGUCCAGGAUGGGAGCCAAGACUUCCUGAGAACCUCCAGUGGUCAGCGUGGAUCAUUGAUUUUUUUUUUUUAACUUUCCCUUACUGCCCAUAUAUCAGAUCAUGAAGUGACUCUGAAAGCUACAGGCGUGAUGAUUUCAGCACCCCGGAUGUGUUCUUCCUCCUGUUCGCCUCCAUGUCUCUCUGCUGCUUGCUGUGGGAAUCGGAUAACGUGAACACUAGUGGCCUCGAUAACAGUCCCAUCGUCAGAUGAAGAACUGUGGGCAGGAUCUGUUCCCUCUGUUGACUCAGCUUUCAUUUCUGUAGUAAUGUUGCAGAUAGGAAGGUACCUCAUUUUUGUAUGGCCUCUCUGAAUAAAGAGGAAUUCCCUUGUUCAGCAAA